AUGGAGACUUCAAGUUCUAGCGGACAAUUAUUAUAUGGACCUGAAGACCCGUCCGUGCUAAAUAUGCAGAAACAUCAUAUUUCAAAUAAACUCAUGAAAGAGGGCACAACACAAGUAUUUAAAGUCCGAAGGAUAGAAAGUAAGACUUGGGACAUCGACAUUCAUGAGAAUGUUAGAUAUUGGCUUGACGCCUUUGGUUUCAAAGGCGUGAUGGAUUGUGAGAGGCCCAUGAAGGUCGACAAUGAGCUGAUCACGGCUUUGAUUGAGUGUUGGAGGCCGGAGACGCACACUUUCCAUCUACCGAUCGGUGAGGCGACGAUCACCUUGGAAGAUGUGCAAGCCAUUUGGGGCUUGAGGGCGGAUGGUCGCGUUUUCACAGGGCGUGACUAUCAUGUCAACUUUCCAGAUUGGACCAGCAAGUGCCGCGAUCUGUUGGGAUGGAUACCAGAUACUUCCACAGAGACAAAGCAAGGCGGUUUGCUGAUGACCGCGUUGAUCAACCAGACAAGGAUGCCUCUGGGUGAUGACCUACUUACGUACGUAUACAUCCAAAGGGCUAGUAUCCAUGCCCUAAUUUUAUUAGGAGGUCUCAUUCUACCAGACACCACGGGGUGUAAGGUUCCAUUUAUGUGGUUAAAUGCGCUUGGGGAUCCGGAAGAGGUGAAGACUAUUAGUUGGGGAAGUGCGGCAUUGGCCUACCUUUAUCAUUAUCUGUGCGAGGCUUCCAUAGAUAAGAGGAAAGAGUUGGGCGGGCCUAUGAUCCUUCUGCAGCUAUGGGCGUGGGAAAGAAUGCCCACAUUGAGGCCACUCGGCAGGUACUGUGUUCUUCAUCCCAGUACAUGGUACUGCGUUCAUUACCAACUUCAGGUACCUCAGAAGGACCACUCGGCAGUCUGCGAAAAUAUUUCUACCCAGUGUAAACGUAUUCUGGAAGUGGUUGUUCACCUUGCACGACGGGUUUAUACACUACCUUCUCAUCACUAG